AUGAACGGUUUUAUGGCCGAACCACCGUCUUUGGACGCGGCCGACUACGACCCUGUCCAGCACCUCAACCUCCUCUUCUCCCACCCUUCCACCGUGUCCUCUAUUAGCGACGUAUCCUCUAUCCUCCAGUCCCGGCACGAUGACCUCUCGGCCGAAAUUUCGAGCCUGCAGACGACCCAGGCGUAUGGACCCGAUUCUUCCCUCGAACGAAUGCAAUCCGCCCAGGCCGAGCUGGCCGGUCUCUUCCGCAAGAUCGAGACGGUGCGCUCCCGCGCUAUCCAGACUGAGCAGAACAUAACCUCCAUGACCGCCGAUAUCAAGAGGCUAGAUGGCACGAAGCGGAACCUGACGCUCUCCAUGACCGCCCUGAAGCGCUUGCAGAUGCUGACUACGGCAUAUGAGCAACUCAGGGGCCUGGCCAAGACGAGACAGUAUAGGGAAUGUGCGAGCCUACUCCAGGCAGUGUUGCAGCUCAUGCGCCACUUUAAUAGCUACCGGAGUAUCGACCAGAUUGCUACGCUGAGCCGGGGCGUCGGGGAGCUGCAGCGGGAGCUGCUGGAGCAGGUGUGCGAAGAUUUCGAGAUCGCCUUUGCAAAAGGGGAGGUCGCGCCGAGGAAGGCAACGCUGGUAGAGGCUUGCGGCGUCAUGGAUGCGCUCGGGGAAACAGCGAGAUCGAGGCUGGUGACUUGGUAUGUCAAUACGGAACUGAGGGAAUACCGUCAGGUUUUCAGGGGCAACGACGAGGCCGGAAGCCUAGAUAACAUCGGCAGGCGGUACGCCUGGUUUAAACGGACGGUGAAGGGAUACGAGGAGGAGCAUGCCGGUCUUUUCCCACCGCACUGGAGGGUUGGCGAGACGCUGGCUAUGGCCUUCUGCGACGGCACGAGAGAUGACUACAAGGGCAUCUUAGAAAAGAGCAUGAGAAAGGUGGACGGCACCAAGAUUGAUGUUAACCUCCUGCUGAGAUGUUUGCAAGAGACGAUGGACUUUGAACAAACCCUCGAGCGCAGGUUUGCAAACGAGCCCAGAGCCAGCAUCGAUACGCUGAGCUCCUCGGAUGAGAGGACACAAAGCUUCAACGGGUCCAUCUCGGUCGCAUUCGAACCCUACCUCAGCCUGUGGGUAGAAUCCCAGGACAGGGCGUUGGCGGCUAUGAUGCCCAGAUACAAAACCCAACCAUUAAUUCCGGCCGACGAGGAGUUUUCGCCGCAGGCCGUCAUCAGCUCCGCUAUCGAACUCUUCCAUUUUUAUAAACUUACCCUAUCCCAAUGCGCGAAACUCUCUACGAGCGACCGCCUGCUAGACUUGGCGAAGACGUUGGCCAAGUAUUUGGACGAGUACGCGCAACAGGUGCUGCUCACGAUCCUGCAAAGGUCCGGGCACACGGGGGUGUCUCUGCAAGACAUCGUGCUCGUGUUGAACACGGCAGACUUCUGGCAUGCCAACACGGAGCAGCUCGAGGAGAAUAUUAAGAAGCGCAUCGAUAGCGAGCUCGUUGCCAAGGUAGAUCUAUCCUCGCAAGCCGACUCGUUCCUGGGUGUUGCCAGCGCCGCGAUCAUCGCACUUGUGAACAAGGUCGAGGCGGAUUGCGAAAGCGCCUGGAGGGAGAUGAAGAAUACGAACUGGAGCAGGAUGGAGAGCGUCGGCGACCAGAGCUCCUACGUCGGCGAGCUAGUUAGCCACAUCAACGCGAAAGCAAAAGAGAUUCUCGAGGUCAUCGCCAAGCAGCAGUAUGCUCGGGCCUUCGCCGAUAAAUUAGUAGAACACCUCGCGAACGCGUACAUCCUUAACAUCGUCCAGUGCAGGCCCAUAUCCGAAGUCGGCGCCGAGCAGAUGCUGCUGGACAAGUACGUCCUCACCAAGUCUCUCGAGAACCUGCUGUCACACCACAACCCUGCGACGACGACGACGGCGGCGACGACGCCGCACGUGCCGUCGGCCGGCUUCGUCAAGCGGGUCAACGCGACGAUGACGCGAAUCGACCCGCUGCUGAAGACGCUGCAGGUGCGGCCGUCGCCGCCGGAGGGCCUCGUGCAGGCGUACCUGAUCCACGUCGGCGACCGGUCCGACACCAACUUCCGCAAGAUCCUCGACCUCAAGGGCGUGCGCAAGCAGGACCAGGCGCACCUGAUGGAGCUGUUCGCGAUCCACCGCGAGGGCGCGUCGGCGGGCGGCGGGCGGCUCGCGGCGCAGAGCCCGCUGCUGACGCCGCUCAUGAACGCGACGGGGCUCGGCGGCGGCGGCGGCGCUGCCAGCGGCGCCGGCGCCGGCAACAACCUCAACCUCAACCUCGUCGCGCUCGACCGCCUCGCCGCGAACCCCGGCGCGGCGCUGUCGACCGCGGCGCAGGGCGCGGCCGCCCGCUUCGACGCCGCCGCGCUCGGCGAGAAGCUGCUCAACGCGGCGCGCGACGGCGUCGAGCGCAUGGGCACGCCGGGCGUGCUGCAGCAGGCGCAGGAGGCGGGGCAAGGCGGCGGCGGCGCGGGGGGACCCGGCGGAGCUGGGGCCGGGACCAGCGGCGCGGCCCAGAGCGCCGCCACCAUCAACGAGAACCUGAAGAACUUCGGCAAGUUCUUCCGCCGCGACAUCGGCGGGCUCGGCGUCCGGUUCGGCAAGAGGGACGCUGCGGACGAAGGGCAGGCGGGGCGGUGA